CAGGCACAUAGUUCAGAAAAAAGUAAAAUGCUCAUGUAGUCGCUUACCAGAUUGUAAAGAAUCAAAUUUAACUGUUGAAAAAACAAACAGCUGAACAGUGAUUUCCAUUUUCAGACAAUGUCUCCUCAUAAUAUAUCCUGUAAGACAAAACACUGGGUAAAGCGGACGUUCUAAGGAGGAUGAUGCGUUUUUUUUUAUUAUCGGCUGGUUUUCAUGCUGUCAAACACUGAUAUACUUCUCUACACAUUUCUUACUGAUUGCAAGCUUUUAAGAUUAAACACGUCAAAUCGAAAUAUGAUAUAAUCCAAUGCGCUUUUCCCGGUGUUUUGUUCUGAAACGCUACGGAGCUAUGGUACGUGGACAAUAUAAUUAGUUGAGCAGGUUAGCUUAUGGUAGCUAACUUUGCUAUGCCGUGUUCUAACUAAACCAGGACAGUGGUGAAUAAAAGCUUCCUGCAACUUCCAGAAGUUCGAUGGCAAAUCCUCCCUCUUCAAGUUGGCGAUCCAACAACCAAACCGUCCGUGGAGGAUCAUGAAUCGGAAAGGUGUUGCUGGUCAUGUGCCCAUGGACAAAACGGCGUUUGAGGGGUGGCUGGAGUCUGUCUCUGCCACUUUCCUUUCUCUCAAUGACCAGCAGCGUAACCAGUGUCUGGAUCAGCUCAUAUCUCUGAGCGGCGCCGCCCAGCUUCGGCAUCUAUCCAACGGUCUGGAGACGCUCCUGAAGCGGGAUUUCCUGCGCCUCCUUCCUCUGGAGCUGGCUUUCUACCUUUUGCGGUGGCUGGAUCCUCAGACCCUGCUCACCUGCUGCUUGGUCUGCAAACAAUGGAAUAAGGUGAUCAGCUCAUGCACAGAGGUGUGGCAGAGCGUGUGUCGGGAACUGGGCUGGCGGAUCGACGAAUCCAUUCAGGACGCAGCCCACUGGAAAGGGGUCUAUCUAAAGGCUAAACUGCGUAUGACGCAGCUGAAGGGACAGGAGGCUUUUGAGACGUCGUCACUGAUUGGCCACAGUGCCAGAGUGUACGCCCUGUACUAUAAGGAUGGCCUGCUCUGCACAGGGUCUGACGACCUUUCUGCCAAAUUAUGGGAUGUGCGUACUGGACAGUGCAUUUAUGGAAUUCAGACGCACACGUGCGCCACGGUAAAAUUUGAUGAACAGAAGCUGGUGACGGGUUCUUUUGAUAACACUAUUGCAUGCUGGGAAUGGAGCUCAGGCGCUAAAAUCCAGCAGUUCCGGGGCCACACUGGAGCAGUCUUCAGCGUGGACUACAAUGACGAACUGGAUGUCCUGGUCAGCGGUUCUGCAGAUUUCUCCGUAAAGAUCUGGUCGCUGUCUGCUGGCGGCUGUCUCAACACUCUCACUGGACACACUGAAUGGGUCACUAAGGUGAUAUUGCAGAGGAGUGAGGUAGAAUCGAUGGUGCACAGUCCCGGGGAUUAUAUCCUGUUAAGUGCUGAUAAGUAUGAAAUCAAGGUUUGGCCUUUAGGCAGAGAAAUCAACUGUAAGUGUUUGAAAACGCUGUCAGUAUCAGAAGACCGCAGCAUCAGCCUUCAGCCUCGCCUGCAGUUUGAUGGACGCUACAUCGUCUGCAGCUCUGACCUUGGCGUUUAUCAGUGGGACUUUGCCAGUUUUGAAAUUAUUAGAGUAAUAAAAAUGGAGGACCCAGCCAACCUGUCCCUGCUAAGCUUUGGUGAGGUGUUUGCGCUUCUUUUCGAUAACCACUUCCUGUAUGUCAUGGACCUGAGGACAGAGUCGAUCUCGGGCCGCUGGCCUCUACCGGCUUACAGGAAAUCAAAGCGAGGAUCCAGCUUCCUGGCAGGCGUGACCUCCUGGUUGAACGGCCUGGAUGGGGGCAAUGACUCUGGACUGGUGUUUGCCACCAGCAUGCCUGAUCAUAGCAUUCACUUAGUUCUAUGGAAGGAGAACGGCUAGUCAACCAGUGAUGUCACACGUUGGACUGUUGGCCUGUGAGCCUCUUUAAUAAUCAUAACUGCCAAAAACCUCCUUCAUGGAACAAAGCAUGUUGUCUUCUCCCCGUUUCGUCCUCAUGAUUCAAGUCCUCCUCUAGAUCCUUACAUGAACAUUAACCCAUGGAUCCUUCAUACAAGCUAAGAACUGAAAGGAGUUUGUCACUUUUGUGCUAAAAAUGGAUCAGCGCCUCCUUAGAAGAACUUCCAUGAAGCCAAAAUGACAAAGAUAAAAGAAACAGUAGUAACCAAAAUAACAUCACUAUCUUUUGAUAUAUAUAUAAAUGUUUAAAAGUACAUGGUUAUUGCAUUUUGCUCUUUAAAUAGUCGGCAUUAUGCCAGCGAGGAAGAUCUGUAGCUGACUUUGGAUGUCAGUCGCUUGUGUUCUGUCAGAUGAGCAUACCUUUAGUUUAUCCCUUUAGUUUUGUACGAAAAAUACACUUUAAACUGCCUCAACGGUUGUCUUUCCAUUUAGUCAUGAACAAAAAAUAUAUAUAAUUACUUCUUUUUUGGUGUUUUUUGAAGCGUAUGGCGAUCU